AUGCCGUCGGAAUCUAAGCCUUUGUUGACAGCUCAAACAGAAAAACCAAAUCAUUAUAAAUAUUUGAAGGAAUUUCGAGUGGAGCAAUGUCCAUCAUUCUUACAACAUAAAUGUACACAACAUAGACCUUUUACAUGUUUUCACUGGCAUUUUAAUAAUCAGAGAAGAAGAAGGCCAGUCAGAAAAAGAGAUGGAUCAUUUAAUUAUAGCGCUGAUAAUUAUUGUGCCAAAUAUAACGAGACAUCGGGUAUUUGCGAAGACGGAGAUGAAUGUCCCUAUCUUCAUAGAACAGCUGGCGACACAGAACGUCGUUACCACCUUCGGUAUUACAAGACUUGUAUGUGCGUGCAUGAUACAGACGCUCGCGGGCUUUGCACUAAAAACGGCGCCCACUGUGCAUUUGCCCAUGGAGCACCGGACCUCCGUCCUCCAGUGCUCGAUGUUAGGGAACUUCAAGCUUUAGAAAACCCAGAUGGAGCAGAUGGUGAUGCUGCUGCCCCUAAUGCACUUGAUAGAGAACGAAAUCUUAUGAAUGAAGAUCCCAAGUGGCAAGAUACCAACUAUGUGUUAUCUUCAUAUAAAACAGAACCAUGUAAAAGGCCGCCUAGAUUAUGUAGACAAGGGUAUGCUUGCCCACAGUAUCACAAUAGUAAAGAUAAGCGUAGAUCACCAAGAAAAUACAAAUAUCGUAGUACACCGUGUCCUAAUGUUAAGCAUGGGGAAGAGUGGGGUGAGCCUAGUAAUUGUGAGGCGGGAGACGCCUGUGGAUAUUGUCAUACACGUACAGAACAGCAAUUCCAUCCUGAAAUAUACAAAUCAACAAAGUGUAAUGAUGUGCAGCAGGCUGGAUACUGCCCCAGGGGAUUGUUUUGCGCUUUCGCCCAUGUUGAACCGGAAGACUUGAGCAAUAGUCGCGAUCUGAGCGCGCCGCUGGAGUGCGGCACCAACCUGGCGGAGCUGCUGUCGUCGGCGCUGCCCGACAAGCGCGCGUCGCCGCCGCCGCCGCACGCCAACGGCGACGAGUGCGCUUCCACCUCCAGCGGCGGCUCCACCGCGCCGCGCCCGCACUUCGACGAUAAGUUCUCAUGGCACCCGAGGAACACGUUCGACGCCACCGUGCUGCAGGAGGUCGUCGGCAACGCCCUCGACGACCUCCACCUCGACGACCCUCUCAACCUCGUCGCCUCGCUUGAUCGUGACCUCUCCGACAGCGAGGGCCUCCUCGGCGGCUCCGCCCCCGUGAACAUCCCCCGGCCGGCGCUUCGCGGUUUCAGCCCGCCUCCGGGCGGAUCCCCACUCCCGCCGUUCCUACGCUACGCACCUAAUGAACCGGAACGUCUGUUCAAUUCGCAUAUCAAAGCUGGCAGCUUCGGCGCCGCCGGAGGGGGACCCUUUGAGUUUGCAUCCGCCUCGCCCUCGGCCCCGACUGAGUUGUCUCGUCUACGUGAGGAGGUGGUCGCUUCGAGAGCGGCCGCCGCGCGUUGGGACGAACGCAUCGCUCAAGCUCGUUCCGCGUGCGAAGCUUGGCAGCGCGAGUCCGACGAAGCUCAGCGCAAGACGGCGCUAGCUGAGCGACAACGGGAUGAAGCGCUCUCUCACGUGAUAACCCUUCGACGCGAAUUGGAAGCGGCGCGUGCGAGCACCAAUCGACGAGAACUACGCGGUCUGCCGCUGACGACACUCAAAGCCAUGCAGGUGCAAGCGAGAGCUGAACUCGAAGAGAUCGAGAAGGUUCUGUAUCUGGAGACUGCGACUAAGUGUAUGGUGUGCGAGGAGCAACCUCGGAGUGUGACUCUCGCUCCAUGCAAUCAUUAUGUCUUAUGCGAAAGCUGUGCCGCUACGGCUAAAGAGUGUCCCUACUGCCAGACGCCAGUCCAACACCAUCAGUAA